CGACGAUCAAAACGCGUUCAUUUUUACCAUACAGCUGCAUCCUCUGGAAAAAAUCAAGCCAGCUGUGAUAGCAUGCUGUAAUUUUAAUCAGCACGGCCUCUUAAAAGUAAUUAGAUCUUUGCAGUACCGUCGGAAGAUUUUGGGAUAUUCUUCACACUCAUUGUGGAAACGGCAGCAUUGAACAGAAACGUGAAAACCAUUUUGACAGAAUACUCAAACAUUUUGAUUGAAAGAAACUCCUUUUCCAUAACAAUGGGAUAUGAAAACAACACUGUUAAUAUUCAAGAAGAAGAGGAUGCAACCAGGUUACAAAGAAAUAGCAUCAGCAGUAGGGAUUUACACCCACAGCGCCAAGAGGUUGAAGGAUGGAAGACGUUCGCUCAGGAUACAACUCUGCACGGGGCCAGAUUUUUUUCCACGGAUAACGUUUUCAGAAGACUGGUUUGGAUUGUUGCAGUUAGUGGAUGUACGGUUUUCUGCAUUCAUCAAGUUUACAAUUUCGUUGGACACUAUUAUGAACGUCCAUUUGGUACAAAAAUAACAGUUGACAUUGGUGAUGAUAAUACAGACCUUCCCUUCCCUGCUGUAACUCUGUGUAAUCUAAAUGCCCUCGACAAACGGCGUUACAUAAACUAUUACGUAACUCAUAACUACAGCAAAGAGAUACUGGACAAAAAGCUUCAGGAUUUGGCUCUUAUGAUAAGAAGAUCGAAAGAGGUUUCUACAGAAGAGGUCCGAAACCGCACUCCAGAACUUUUUCAUCGGCCAGAAGUUGGUGACGAAACAGAAAUGUCGCAAUGGAUGUUUGGUCAUCAAAUAGAAAGAAUGCUUUUGCCAAACAGCCCACACUUCAGUUCCUGUUCCAUUAAUGGCUUGCAAUGCAACGCAGAUAACUUUACCAGCUCCCUGAGUGCAUUAAUGGGAUUCAAGUGUUAUACAUUCAAUUCUGCAGAAGAAGGCACGCCAUUAUUAAAAACUUCAUCAGCUGGCCGACUGAGUGGCUUGAGUCUUCGUCUUAACAUCGAGCGAGACAGCUAUAUUACAAAUUUACUUUCGCCUUCUGUUGGAAUUAUUAUCCUGAUACACGACCAGAAGACUUAUUCUCCCGUGGAAGAGUUUGGUAUCGCAAUUCAGCCCGGAAUGUCUACAUUUUGUGCCAUAAAAAGAAGAAAGAUGAUUAACUUGAUGAAGCCGUAUGCAACCAACUGCAGGAGUGGAUCUCUUAUGUUCGACAGCAACUUGGCAUACACGAAACAGGCCUGUAUGAUAAAUUGUCGAAACGAUUACAUGAUUAAAGAGUGUGGCUGCACUGCAUCAAAAUUCCAAGGUUAG